AUGUUGCAUAAAUGGGAAAAAUUCUGUGCCGCCUAUAGAGCUCGUAAUCCCAAUUCCCCAAUCGACCCGAUUGACAUCUUGGAUCCUUACUUUGAUGAAUUUACUCUGGUUUCUUUUGUCAGUAAGAAUUCUAAUGCCAAACAAUUACGAGAUAUGUUGUUUCAGCACUGGUAUGUCAACUGUAAAUCGUCUGGUUACCUGGAAAUCCGGUUCAAUAAUCGCGGCAGCUCCAUCAAUAAAAGAGUUCUGAAACUUUACAAUGAAUUUAUCACCAAAUAUCCCUUUAAACAAAAGGAAGUGCAAUCAUUUACGAAAGACAUCGAGCCGAAAAAGGCUGACUAUAUUUUUGACCAGGUACUUGAAUUGAACGAGAAUAAUCAUGAAAACAGACCUAUUCAUCCUCUUGCCACACUCACCGCGCUGAUUCGCGAUGAAAGUACAAUAUCCAAGAUACUGGAGAGCGUUGGGUAA